UUCUAUGUCGAAUUGAAAAAUUGCCAAAGCUUCCUUUUCUCAGAUCAGAUACACUGAAAAAUAUCCAUUUUGCGAAACUUUUUCUAGAGGAAAUAAGACAUGGAAUUCCUGGUUGCUUAUUGUGUAUUCAGGGUGGUGAUUCUGUUUCUGUGUUGCAUGGCAUUUCUUGCUGCUGAUAACCUCAAGAAUGAAACAUUCCUGUGGAAACCGAGAGGCUGGAAUGGAUUAGAGUUGUAUUGUCCGAACCACUGUGGCGGUCACCAUCCUAUUGGCAAAGACAAAGAUAUUUGCUGUUCCUGUGAAGCAGAAAGUCUGCUCGAUUACAACCACAGGUUUUCUCAUCUUAACAUUUCAAAGGAUGGGUAUCUUGAAGGGAAUAGAUCUGCUGAAAACAUAGCUUUGGAUUAUUCCGGAAAGCAUUUACAAGAUUUCCCAACCAAUAUAUGUCACUUUCCAGGAAUAACACGAAUCAAUUUCUCUUUCAACCUUAUUCUAGAAAUUCCGAAUUUGUCAUGUCUUCCAAACUUGGCACAUUUGGAUUUGUCUUGGAAUUCAUUGUCUGCUUUCCCAAAGGACUCCCUGACUGAAAAUAGGAAUCUUAGAUACGUCAACCUGUCACAUAAUUUCAUAACCUACAUUGAGGCGAGAAUUUUCGGUACACUGGCUUUUCAUGUGAUUGAUUUAAAUGGGAAUUCUCUUAUGUCUGUCGAUGUCACCAACAUUGUAUUUAAAAGACCAUUUUGUACAAUAAACUUCUCCAAUAACAAAGUGCAUAUCAUUGUCAAUGAAUAUGACUGGGAAAUAAGUCCGCAUGGAAACGAAUUAUACGGUCCAGGAUUCGUAGACCUUACAUUCAAUCAAAUGAAAUCUAUGCCAAAUAUGACCAACUUGGGAUUUAAGAACAUGAUUGGUUUAGGUAAGCUGAUAAACUUUGGUUUUGAUGUCAGAUACAAUCCGAUGAUAUGCGAUUGUAGGAUUGUAGAAAUGUUGUUGUAUUUUAAAGCGUUGAUUGGUCUAAUAAAUCGAUACUACUUUGAUAUCAAAUGCGAAUCUCCGGAAGCCUUUCGAGGAAAGUCUCUCCCCAGUAUUAUCAACAACAACGAAAUAACAGACUUGGUCUGUAAUUAUUCUUCCCUACCCGUGUGUCCAAAGAAAUGUCAUUGUGUUAAUAUGCCUAAAUUACUGAAUUUCAAUGCUUUUCAAAUGAAAUUGGUAUUAUACAUGAAUUGCACAGGAGCUAAAUUGAAACGUCUUCCUCAUAUUCUGCCAGAUUGUAAUGAAAUUGAGUUUUAUAUGAGUGGGAAUCGAAUUGAACAAAUAACAACAGAACAUUAUUUGAAACGGGCCACUGUUCUUGAAUUACAGCUGAUGCCUUCUUUUGAAACAGGUGCCCUUGAAAACCUUACUCAUUUGCAGGUAUUCUCUGUUCCAAGAUCUCAGCAACUGAACGGAAUUCCGCGUGCACUGUCCUUAUUAAAUCCUUGUGUUUUCCUGCAGCGGGAAGAUUUUGUUAUGCACUGUACUUGUUCGCAUCAAUGGAUGGUGGAUUGGAUAAAAACAAAAGCAAAUAAAAACUGCUCAUCCUACUCCUUUAAAUGUUUGAAUGGCACUGAUGAAGAAGGCUUAUUGACAUAUCUCCCUAGGCUUGUCUGCACAGGAGCACGUCAAUCUUAUGUCUUCUCGGUAGUCAGCACUACAAUAAUUAUCAUGUUGUUCUUCGUUCUCAUUCUUAGUUAUAUUUGGAAACAUGAAAUCAAGAUCAUCGUAAGGUCCAGUUGGAUAUGCACAAGAUCAAAGAAACCUACAUAUUGUAUGUACCAGGAUUCUGUUGUUUACCUUUCGUAUGACGAGAAGAUCAAAGAUAUAGACUCAUGGCUCAAAGAUAGACUUGAACCGUUCUUGACCAGGAACGGUUUGAGCGUUUUUAUCCCAUCACGUGAUUUACCGUAUGGCUCCGUUAGAUUAGAUGAGACAACAUACCAGAUAUCUGUGUCCAGAUACUACAUUAUGUUCCUCUCUGCCAAUUACUUUGAGGAGGAGUCCUUCCAAACCCUCACGGACUGGAAUCGUAUCUGGAACAACUACUUGUCCGACUCUAGGAAGAAAUUACUGAUUAUCAACUACGACUUGCUAGAUGUAGCUGACGUUCCUUGUCGAAAAUGUAGGGCAGUCAUGCGUAUUGGCGAUGUAGUUGACUUCGCCUCUGGAGAAAAUAAAAUAUUUUCCAAGAUAUCGGAAACGUUUUUGAAUUAACUCACAGAAGCUCUCACGAAUAUUUACACUACAUAGGGAAGAAAAACGUUUCCAACCAUGUCCUACCCAAAUAAUGCAUACGAGUGAGACUAUACAAACUAUGUGCAAGUCCAGGAUUCCCAACUUGAUUCAUGCUAAAAUUGUACGAUUACAGUCUAUCCUUCCCAGAGUGGAACAUUGCGAGCGUACUGUCAUCUUAGACGAAACUCUUGAGAUAUAGAAUAGUGAACGACAUAUAUACAUACAUACCUACAUACAUUUAUAUAUUCACUAAUAAUCCCUUGGUCUUCAUCAAUAAUUUUAGAAUUUCUGCGUAUAUUUGUAAUCAAGAUAUUUCCAGAUUUUGUAUUAUUACAUUAUCAAUUGCGAAUAAAAUUUCUAUUUAAUCAU